AUGCCGCCCAAGCCCUCGCGCAGGGCGGGCGCCGCCAGGACGCAGCGCCCCAGCCCCGACGGCGGCUCCGCGCCGCCCGCCGCCCCCCGGGUCGAGGUCGGCGAAGAGGACUUCGUCGUGCUCUGUGACGCGCUGAAGGUGUCGGAGAGCGUGAGGGAGAAAGCGUGGAAGACGUACGAGAGCUUGUCGGCAGCGGAUGGAGCUCUAGCUUGUAACACAAAGAAAAAGGAAACAUGGGGUGUAUGUAUCUUUAUUGUAGCAAUUGAUCUGGAUGAAGUGACAUUUACUUUCACUGAGCUUUUGAAAAGUAUAAACAUAAGUGUAUGCACAUUUUUUCAGUUUCUGAAAGAGGUGGAUGUUAACAUGGAUACUGUAAGCACUAAAGUUGAUAGCACUGUAUCAAGGCUGAAAAAGAAAUACGAUGUAUUAUUUGCACUAUACCACAAGUUUGAAAGGACGUGUGGCCUUAUUUAUCUGGAACAACCUAGUAGUGAGAUUUCUGCUGAACUCAGUUCUGUAUUAGUCCUAAAAAAUUACUGGAUUACUUUUUUGCUGGCAAAAGGUAAAGUGUUGCAAGUGGAAGAUGACCUGGUGAUUUCUUUCCAGUUGUUGCUGUGCGUCUUAGAUUAUUUUAUCAAACUGUCACCUCCUGCUAUGCUCAAGGAACCAUACAAAUCUUCUGUGUCUGCAGUGACUGUAAAUGGUUCAGCUCGCACUCCUCGAAGAGGUCAGAACAGGAGUUCACGUACUGCAAAGCAGCUUGAUACCGACACAAAAAUUAUCGAAAUCCUUUGUAAAGAGCAUGAUUGUAAUUUAGAUGAGGUCAAAAAUGUGUAUUUCACAAGCUUCAUUCCUUUCCUGAAUUCUGCUGGUAUUUUAGCUUCAAAUGGACUACCAGAGGUUGAAGUUAUCUUGAAACAGUAUGACGAGCUCUAUGUCAAGAACAAAGAUAUAGACGCGAGACUAUUUCUGAAUCACGAUGAGACUCUGCAGCCUGAUGUCAGAGCAUGCUCACAGCUGGAGAGGACACCACUAAAAAACAAUCCAGAUGAGGAAAUCAAUAUUAUACUUCCACAGACUCCUGUUCGAGCAGCAAUGAAUAACAUUCAGCAGUUGAUUAUGAUUUUAAACUCAGCGACUGAUAAACCAUCAGAUACUCUCAUGAAGUAUUUCAAUAAUUGCACGGUGAACCCUAAGGAUAGUAUCCUGAAAAGGGUGGAAAGUUUUGACCACAUCUUCAAAAAGAAAUUUGCUGAAGCAGUUGGACAGGGAUGGGCUGAAAUUGGCUCACAGAGGUACAAGCUUGGAGUGCGUCUCUAUUACAGAGUAAUGGAGUCCAUGCUGAAGUCGGAGGAAGAGCGCCUCUCAGUGCAGAAUUUCAGCAAACUUCUGAAUGAUAACAUCUUCCACACAUCUCUCCUGGCAUGUGCUGUUGAGGUUGUCAUGGCUACAUAUGGCAGAAAUGCUUCACAAAGUGACAGUACCAGUGCUGAAACAGACUUGUCUUUCCCAUGGAUUCUCAAUGUAUUUGAUUUAAAAGCUUUUGACUUCUACAAGGUGAUUGAAAGCUUUAUUAAAGCAGAACCCAGCCUAACACGGGAAAUGAUAAAGCAUCUAGAGCGCUGUGAACAUCGAAUUAUGGAGUCUCUCGCUUGGCAAUCUGGGUCGCCUCUUUUUGAUCUUAUCAAGCAGUCGAAAGAACGAGAAGGCCAAACUGAUCAGCCUGAACCCACUUCUACUCCCAAUAUGCCUUUCCAGCAUAACCACACUGCUGCAGACCUCUAUCUCUCUCCUGUGAAAUCUCCUAAGAAGAAGGCAUCUGGACCUCCUCUAAGUGCUGCUUCCCCUCCAGAUGCUCAACCUGCUGUGACCCCCCAAACACCGAAACCGCAGAAAUCUACCUCCCUCUCUCUGUUCUACAAGAAAGUGUAUCUACUGGCCUAUCGUCGACUCCAUACACUGUUCCUUCACCUUCUCUCGGAACAUCCUGACCUGGAGCCCUUGAUCUGGACCCUCUUCCAGCACACACUGCAAAAUGAGUAUGAGCUAAUGAGAGACAGGCACCUGGACCAGAUCAUGAUGUGUUCCAUGUAUGGCAUAUGCAAAGUAAAGAAUGUAGAUCUUCGAUUUAAAAUGAUAGUUUCAGCAUACAAGGAGCUUUGCAACACAAAUCAAGAGACUUUCAAACGUGUUCUUAUCCGAGAAGAACAAUAUGACUCCAUCAUAGUCUUCUACAACUUAGUGUUUAUGCAGAAGCUGAAAACAAACAUUUUGCAGUAUGCUUCCAGCAGGCCUCCCACUCUGUCACCUAUCCCACACAUUCCUCGCAGUCCUUACCAGUUUUCCAACUCUCCUCGGCGUGUCCCUGCUGGCAAUAACAUCUACAUCUCACCUCUGAAGAGCCCAUACAAAUUCUCUGAUGGGUUUCAGUCACCCACAAAGAUGACUCCAAGGUCUAGAAUUUUGGUGUCCAUUGGAGAAUCAUUUGGGACUUCUGAAAAGUUUCAAAAAAUAAACCAGAUGUUGUGCAACAGUGAAUGCCAGCUGAAGCGCAGUGCAGAAGUAGGAGCUGCUGCCCCAAAGCCACUGAAGAGGCUGCGCUUCGAUAUAGAGGGGACAGACGAGGCAGAUGGAAGCAAACACCUACCCCAGGAGUCCAAGUUCCAACAAAAGCUUGCAGAAAUGACAUCUACUCGAACAAGAAUGCAAAAGCAGAAGCUGAACGAUGGAAACGAUACCUCAGCCAGUGAAGAAAAGUGAGAUUCUUCUCAGGACCAGGGCCUGCACCGCCGGCCCUCUUAAGAUUGUUUUUGUUUUACAGCCUUCAUUAAUAGAGUUGUUUUUUAGUUGCUUUUUAUUCCAAACUGCUAGUUGAAAGCAUUUCUACUUUUUAAAUUGUUAAAUGCUUUCCAUGAUACUUUGCCUUAUGAUGUAGCAUAUAUACAAUGUAAGCCACUGAAUUUAAUUUAUAUAUUUUUUGAGGAUUUUUAAAAAGUCUUGGAAAGUGUCUGCAUUUCCUGUUGCAGCAUUACUGAGUUAAGCCAGUUCAGUCUCAUUGGAUUGAGUUUUUUAUGUCUAAAGAUGAAAUGUUAGCUAGAAUGAUUUGAAAUGCACUAAUUUUGUUUCUUAGAUUUGAUUUUUAGAUUUUCAUUACUUGCAAAUUUGGAAAAUGGUGGGCCAAUUACUGCAAAGAUUUCUGUCUCUGUUCAUAAUUAACACAUCAAAUUCCCAUUAAAUUCAACUGGGCAGCAGCUGGGGGCCUUGCAGAGAAGGGGCCUCGCCUCAGGAGUACCGGAAUUCAAAGUGAACUCAAUUCAUAGCCUUACUACUGAAACCAACACUUGGCAUUUUGUUGUUUUGCUUCCCCAGUUCUCACCCCAGUGUCAUUUUGGAGGGCAGUUACACUGUCCCUCAGUUUGAAUUUCAUGGAGUAUGAAUCCCAAGGAGAUUCAUCUCAGAAUCCCACAAUGAAUCUUCCCAGAAGCUGAAGCUUCUUCCCAUAUGCAGAGUAAUUGACAUGCCCUUUCUUAUCUUGGGAAAUCUCAAGUAUUAAAAGAAAAAACAAACCUCCCCCACCCUGCAAAAAAAAAAAAAAAAAAAACCCAAAAAAAAAAAAACAAAACCAAAAUAAAAAACCCCAAAAAACAACAAACCUAAACCAUACCUGGUAUACACAAGAUUUCAAAAUUCUAAAAAUUCUAAUGAUGCAGAAUUUUCUUGAUUUCUUCAAAUUUUCACCUAAUUGUAGCCAAGCCAAACAGCUUGAGGAACAGCUGGAACCUGAGUGUCUCCAGUUGGGUUCCAGGUAAGAGCAGCCUGGUCUCUAAAAGCACAGGGCAUCCCCCAUUGGCCUUGCUGCAGCAUCUGCAAAAACCUGAACCUGGUGAACCCGCGUUGGGAAAAUCCAUCUGCCUUUACUGAAAAGGCAGUUAAUUGGGCAACUUGUGAAUGGUUGCAAAUAGCAAAAAAAAACCGCAAACAAAACCAUCCAAUACUUUUUUCAUAUUUUGUAUUUGUAAAUUACUGAUUCAGACACUGAAACUUUUCUUGCAACAAGAAAGUUUUGUUAAAAUAGCCAAUUAACAAAAGCACAUGUUUUAUUUCCAGUGGAUUAAAAUACAAGCAAAUAAAUUGUCCUGCUUUUAAAUUACCCAUUUUAAUGAAUAUUAGCUUUUGCAGCUUCUUAAAUUAAGAACAGGUACAGUAAAAAGCAUGCUAUUCAUGACACAAAUGUUUUAAACCAAUGUCUUCCAGAGAACUUAUUUACAAAUUGUUUAGCUGAUCCUAGAGUACUUAGAGUAGGAAGUUUUUUAAAGAUCCAUUCUUGUGAUUCAAAGCUAACCCUAGAACUACUAAAAAUUCUAUGAGCAGCAAAAACUAUAAAUUAAUUUUAAAAUAAUAUUGAGGGGUUUUUUAGACUCAAUAUGGCUUCAACUUCCUUACUGAAAAAUGUACAGAACUUUCCAGAGUAUGUUAUGUUUAUUUUCUCACUUUUUGCAGUUUUAUAGAAAGGAUAUAUGUUAACAUUGGGGUGCACUGACUGUAAGCUCUGUUACAGCAGUCCUUUGGCUAGAGGGAUGAUACAGAGUACAGUAUCUAAAUAGAUUCAUUCUUUACUAUGACAAUGGAUUUUUUUUUUUCUUGUUCAAACAGACUGAAGGCUUUACAUCAAAUGUACAAUAUUAUUUUAUACAACUAAUCAGUUUCUCGCCUUUCAAGAUAAAUAAAAUAGCUUUUAAAGGA